AUGCGGUUUUCUGCAGUUUGCACGGGUCACGAUGCGAACGUGAAGAUGUGCAUCCGCCCAACUGGCUGGAAGUUUGGUGAGAUCCAGGAAAGCCGUGCAAGCUGCCUGGUGCGUCAGAUCCUUGCAGGUCCCGUGACCUUUUGUGUCCUCGCUGUGCUGCUCUGGCGAGCAUGGCGCCUUCUGCUUCCUGAUGGUUCACAUGCGACUUUCAUCAGCAAGGUGAGGGUUGCUCUUCCUGCAGCCGGCAAAACUCUGCAGUCCUUGCAGUGGGCUGGCAUCAUUUUCCUUGUUGACAGAAGCGUGCAGACAGCUCUGAGCCAGCGCGGUGCUUUGCGGAGGACCGCAAGCCUUGAGCCGUUUGGGCACGAGGCCUGCAUGGACCAGGACAAGACGUCCGAUGACGAGAUAAUCCGAUCGUGCACAAGUGCGCAGGAGACAUUGCAGGCCCCAGCCCAUUCUCCAGCUGCUGAGAACUCCGGAGAUCUCCCACGCCAUCGCAUGAAGCGGCAGCUCGCAAGGGCAUUGAAACUGAACGCAGCGCAGACGUUGCGUGCCUGUGGCAAUGCCGGACCUUGGUUGUAG